GAGCGCUUCCUUUUCCUCAAACGUGAGCGCGUCCAGAGAGGAUCUGUAGAAAAUGGCGAGUCUGUGCAAGAGGCAGCAAUGCACUGUCGAGAGGCGCGGCUUUCGGCAGGAACUUGACUCGUGGCGACAUAAACUCAUUCACUGUGUAGGUUUUGAGAGUAUUCUGGAGGGUCUCUUUGGUCAAGGCCUUGUAGAAGACCUCAAAUUGUUCAAAGCCUGUGAGCCUGAAGCAGUGUCUGAUUGGUCGUUUGAUGAGAACUGUCUCUUCUGCUGCCUCAAGAGGGAUAAAGUAAAGGAACAUCUUGUUGGCCUAAGCAACGAAGGGCUUGAAGAAACAGUGAAGCCGCUGCUCAACGACCAGACCAAAAUCAACAGACUAGAGCAGCAGGCUGAAGAGUUCCUCAAUGCAGUCCUUUGCAGAAAAGAUGUUCCAAGCUUCUCCGACCCGCACAUCCCCGUGGUAGCCCGGGAGAUCAUGCAGAGGAUGAUCCGCCAGUUCGCCGCCGAAUAUACCUCAAAGACCAGCACUUCUCAGGACCCCCUCCCGGACAGGCAGCCCUGCUCGGUCCAAAGCCUGCCCCGCCCGCCCUCCUACCCCCCCGUGCCCCCCUGCACCAGCCCGUCGGGCGCCCCCCCAGCCGCCGCCGCCGCCGCCGCGCACAACCAGAACCCCGUCCUCAGCAAGCUGCUCAUGGCCGACCAGGAAGCCCCCCUGGACCUCACCGUCAAGAAGCCCAAGGCCGAGCCCACGGAACAAGACGGGGUCCUUGACUUGUCUCUCAGAAAGAAGCGCUACAGCAGCCGCCCUGUCCACAGCCCGUACACGUCCCCAAGCACUCCAACAGUCAAGGGUGAGUCUUCUGAAAUACCGAUUUCAAAGGCGAAGGAGCUGCAGUCCACGUCAACGCUGGAGCAGUUCAUGGCCAAACUCUGCCUUCACCAUCAACAGCAGAUAGUGGAUGCCCUGGGCUUUCUCCAGACUGAAGUCAAGGCAUUGGCAUCGCAAGCUCCUUGCAAUAACUCGGAGAAGCAGGAAAACGCUCCUUCCGUCAUGACAUCAAGCCUUGGCACCUGUGAGAAAUCUAGCUCAGAACUAAGGCUUCCUAAUGCAUCCACUCAUGAUGCAAAAGGUAUGUCUCUAGUUAUUUCUGGUACUCCAACAACAUCAACAAGUAAGGAAGUUCCAGGGGAAGUGAUAUCGCUAAAAUCCAUUAAUCCCGACCCACCUUUAGAUCUUCACGCAUUGGGUUUGAGAAGUGCCACACCUCUAGUCAAUUCCACUCAAAAUACAGCGGACUCUGAAAACAACCGGGAUCAUGUUCCUCUCAAAAUGAAGAUAAUGAAGACCAACAAACUUGCAGAUGGGAAGAAGUUAUCAUGUGUGCUCACCACUUCUCUUCUAACGCAGACCGACACUGUUGCAGACAGGCAGGCUAAUUCCGGCUGCAACCCCUCCAACAAAUCUGUCUCUCAGAGUGCUAGACUCAGCUCCCCUGUGAAGAGGCACAGCCAGCCUGCUCACCUGAACCGAGAUGGACAGCAGGACUCUCUUGGAAAAACCAAAGACACAUCGUCCAAAUUAUUUUCCCCUCAUAAAACCUCAAAUACACAUCACACGCCAGACACCCCUCGGACUGCCAGAAAGACCAUCCGGGACUCCCCUGACCACAGGCCGAGGAACUCCGGUUCUAGGGUUGUAAUAGACCCAGACCUCGGACAUUGUGACAUUGUGUAUAUCAACAAACCGAUUACAGAGUGUUUGAGGGAACAGCAUGGACACUUACCACCAAGGCGCAAUGCAAGGAAAAGCACCAGGGGGCACAUGUACGUGGAGGAGAUGUGGGAGCUUAAAACGGUCCGCACUUUGGCUGGACGGAAUGGAAGGAGAAGCUGUCCUAACCCAAUGCCCGAGAUCGUCACGUCGGUAACCCCGAAGCAGGCGCUCACCAAGCCGGAUGGGGUACCGCCCGUAGAUAUGAUCUUUGUCGGAAGUGGGGGGGAAACUUGUCAACAAAUGCCCACUGAGCAGUCUAACGUGAGAGAGAUGCCAGAGACGGGACAUACGGAGGUAGGGGCAGCUCAAUUGGAUCUUGUAGUUGAAACCAGUCUGACGGAUCAGAGAAAAAUAAAUGAACCGGCAGCUUCUCAAUCUCCUUUGACUGCCUCAACAGAGAAUGGCGAUAAGGAAGCUGCCGAUGUAGUACAAGAGGCAAAUUCAAUGCAUGCCACAGAAAGUGACCUCUCAAAAGAAAAGGCCCUCCCAAAAGAAAGUCAACUUCCAGAAGAGAGUGACCUACCAGAAGAAGGUGACCAUGAAGAAUUUGACUUACCUGAAGACAUUGACUUAGCGGAAGUUCAAAUGCUACCUAAACCAGUUGAAGAACUACAGAUGGUGAAUGAGGUCUUAAAUAAAUUGACUGAACAACAAAUACCAGAAUGCACAAUGGGUGAAGACGCAGAGCCAGUACUUUCAGAAAGUAUUUUGUCAGAGCAGCAACAAAUUGACACUUUGCCAUCAGUAGCUGAAGCCGAUGAGGAAGAGGUCAGGGAGAGUAGUGGGAACAUAGAGGGUGAGCAAACUCUGGAGCCAAAGCUAGAGGCAACAAAGCUUUCAGACAAUUUAGUUGCAGGACUUAAUUCUACAGCUGCUCCUGCAGAGAAAAUCUCCAAGGAGCAGCAGAGAAAGGUAAUUGCACAGAUUAAAAGUGAUGUAAAACAUUCAGUAUCAGGGGAUGAAGAUGAGGAAUAUGAUGUUUCCACAAAGUCACUACAGUCGCUGUUGAAAGAAUUGCCCCCUUGGCGCAGAAAAAAAGGGGCUGUGAUUCCUCUGCCAAAAAGGGUAAAAGAAACUCAGGGCGUUAUUGUAGGCUACGUAAAUGGACGGCCCAUAGCGGCUUCUGAUAGAAGUUUGCGACGGAGAUCAAGUUCUGCUCCGCCAACACCUACCAAAGCCACGGAAACACCAAGUCCUUCUGUUUCAGAACACAGUCCUCGGGCUAAACAUAUUCCGGAGACUAUCGCAGCUAUAACUUCAGAGGAUAGCUCUGUCGUUCCACAAGAGACGGAACAAGUUCCUGCAGUUCCGCUGACCCCAGUUAAACGUUAUAAACGGCUUUCAAAGUUUGCCAUAAAACGGCGCAAGAGGAGAUCAAAGGCCAAGGUCGAGCAUGAACAACAACAAACCGACGUUCCGGUUGUCCCUGAAAAUGCUCCUGACCAUCUUGCUGAUGAACCCGUUGGUAUCCCUGAACACACUCCAUCUCAACUGCCUCUCUGCUCAGCAAAUCAGCCACCUGAAACGACUGAAUCGCCGAUCACUCAAAGUGCUGUAACGUCUUCCUCGCCAACCCCAAGCUCUCCUGAUUCUAUUCGAUCUGCAGAUGUUGUCCAACCUCUCCCCGAGCUCCCUGACACCUCUGCUUCAUCUCCUUCGGUUGUGUCUCCUCCUUCACCCAUGGGCUCGGCCCUCCCUGUAGCUUCUGAACAAUCCCAAAAGUGUACUGAUUCUGAAAGUCCUGUUGAAUCGAGUAUUGCUUGUGGCGACUCGGCUGCAACAAGUGCUGAGGAAAUUCAAGAAACAACGAUGGAAAAUGUGUUACUGACCAAACAGAAGGAACCUAGAUCUGAGGAGGUUGUAGAUGGUAAGGCUGAGAAACCGAAUGUUUGCCAUCUGGUCUCCAGUCUAUUAGAAAGUCAGAGUGGCAUUAGCGAGGACCUUCAAAUGCAGACUAUUCCCUUGGCAAUUGAGAAGACUUUACAAAAAGAUGAAGCGGGUGAAUCUGAGGAAAAGCCUAACGGAUGUUUGUUAGUGGAUGAACCCUCCCUUGAGGAUUCCAACACCCCCUCAGUGGUAGAGAAGCCAGCAAGGAUGCCAUUAAGAAAUGAGAGUAGUAAGGCUGAAACGUCCAACCAGUCUUUAAGUCCACAGCCAGCUGAAGACCGGAAACUAGCUUUAAGAUCGCAAAGAACGGCCACAGCUUCCACCAGUGCUAUUGGCGUGGGAGGAAGACAAAAACAAAGGGCAUCUCCUAUUAGAAGGAAGUCAAUGAUGAUGUCAGGUAGCUUGCUGCAGCCAGGUCCAGAAACCCCUUUUGUUUUGCAACCUCGCGAUCCCCCUAAACAAGCUGUCCACAAACUCUUUGAGACUCUUAAUGGGGAAGAUAACCAUCACAUAAUUAACAACUUGAAUAUCAAGUUUGACCGGAUGCAGAAAGGAUGGAUCCAAAUGGACAAGGAGGGACAGCCAGCAACAAAAUAUAGAAAUAGAUCGGACAGACAGGCAGCUAUUUGGAAAAGUAAACGUAGGACAAGAAAACCAAAAUCUUCUGAGCAGCAUAAAUACUCACCGGUACAGAUGCUUUUCAUGAAAAACUUUAAUCUUACCAGUAUUUGUCAAUGGUACCUUGAGUCAACAGAGACCAAGUCUCUCGUCAUCAUUAAAAAGAUUAAUACACGUCUUCCAUCUGAAACCCAGCUCUGCUUCCACAGUUCCUGCACAAGUUCCUCCCAAGGAGUGUUCCCAAGCCUGCAGGCGGAGCGUCUGAAGAAACAUCUGAAGAAGUUUGCCAUUGCCUCCCCGAUAAAGAACAAUGCCAAGGGCCAAAAGCUCAUUGCCAAGGCCCUGGAGCAAGAGUCAAUCCGAGCUAAAGAUAGGAAAGAACUACCCACUGCAAACCAGGCUCUAACUAGGCCAUUCUCCGCAUCUGCCAAAGUGCAGGUGCAGAUAGCUGAACCCCAUAAAGUUUCAGGUAAAUCCAAGAACCCAACUAGUGCAAGGAUUUUGCGAAAAUAUUCUAAUAUCAGGGAGAAAAUGCAGGUACAGCAAACUAGUAUUGGGCUAAAAGAGGCAACCAAAAGCUUAAAAUGCAGUACAUUGAAAAUGUUGACCCCAGCACAAUCUGACCCCAAGCCUGAUCUUAAAUCACCUCUCAAGAAACAGAAAUUGACCCUGCCUGAAGCUGCUCAAACAAGAGUGUAUAAGCCAACCGCUAGUAAUGCCAAGGCAAAUCCUGGUAGGAAAUCUACUGAAAAGCCCAGUGCCCCCGAGAGAACCGCCAAGAAUUCGGCCAGCAGUAGAGCACCAAGGGAUCCGGCGAAAGAAACCGUUUCACCACAAAGAUGUUCUCAAAGGCUAGGAAGCCCUAAAACAACAUCUACAAGCAAAGUUAACUCGAACAAAAAACAGUUGGAAACAAAGAAAAAAGAUGUGGAAAAGUCUCCUUUGGCUAAGCAAAGUAGUUCAAAAUCCCAGACAAAGGAGCCUGCACCAAAAGGUGUUUCAGAAGGUGAAACUGUUGAGGCUGUGGUCGAAACUCCACAGCAAAUGGACUUGAAGCCUCCAGUCUCCCCUGAUCAGGUCUUGACAAGGUCCCAGAGAAAGAUGGAUGCUAUAAACGUGAGCCCCGCUUUGGAUAAUCCAUCAAAGUCAAGAAAAGGUCGGCCGCCUGCAUCCGUUUCCAAGAAUAAUACAGAUGCCGUGGUUACAAGGAGAGGCACUCUAAAAUCAGUUGGUAAAAAAGGUAUUGUGACUUCACCAUCACGCAGUGUAAGAAAAGCCACAAAAAGAUCCUCUGAAACUUUGGAGACCCCUGUGAAGCGCACAAGGAUGUCCGCUAAAAUAAAAGACUGUACCCCCUAACCCAUUCAUCCCCCAAAAAGUAUCUGCUAUUUUGUGUAAUAUAAUCCAACUUGUAAGAAGACACACGUUUCAGAAGAAGAAAAUGCAGAUAUCUUAAGAUAUUUCAGGAUGAAAGUGUCACUGUAUAUAUUUGAGGAUUCAAGGGUUUCACUUUGGUUUUUCAACACGUGUGUGGCUGGAGACCCCCCCCCCCCCCCCCCUGCGUGUUUAGCAAGCUAGUGUAGACAAAGCUUCCAGGUCUGUUAUUAAGGCUGAGCAAGGUGCUGGACUAUGGUAUGUCCGUGGGUUUGUGUUCACUGAGUGUUCACAGUGCAUCGGAUACAUGUUUCAACUCAAAAUACUUUAGCAGUUAAGUUCCACUAACCUGGCCUCCCUGGCCUGUCCGGUAAUCAGAGCUUCGUGAAUAUGUGACUUUUGUGGUCUGGUGCCUUAUUUAUAAAAACAAAACCUUGUUUGUGAUCGAAUUUUUUGCUGUGAAAACUUGUUUUUCGGACGAUUGCACAGUGUCCCGUUGUCGGAGAGGGGGUUGAAUCAUGAGUAAGAUUCCUUUCAUUUGUGCAUAGAGUUGCUUUUCUACGCCUGCAUAGUGUACAGUAUACGCCACCUCAUGCAUAAUAUGUAAUUUAAUUUGUCCAUUGAAGCAUUGGGAUUUAUGCGAUCAUUCUUUGUGUGUUUUUAUUAAGCUUCUCAUGUCCCCCAAAGCAUUAACAUCAUUAUCCUUCUUAUUGUGACUUGUAGAUUAUGAAGCAGACACUGGUCUGGUAAACAUCGAAGCAGGCUGGCUUCUAAGCAGGCAUUCUCUCUAACUUAAUUUAUGUUUGCUUAUUGAUAAAUGUACAUUUGGUUAUGCUUUUUGGGCUUUUUUAAAAUGGUGUUUAUGGUUGAUUUUAAUUAUCCAUUAUUUUCAUACUACCAUCCUCAUCGGAGAAUGUUAUAAAAUCAUCUUCCCAUCUAGGAAAGAGUUCUCAGAACUUUUUGUUGAAUCUUGUUUUUGUUGUUGAACGGAACCCCUGAAAGAUUAUACAUGUACAUUACAGUCACAAUGACUGAUCAUCUGGUCUUUUGGACAGUGGAUGAUUCACUAAUGGUUUGGAUAAUUCUAUAGAAAAUGUGUACGGCACGUCAAAAGCAGAGCAGAUACUCAUAAUAUUGGAUGGCCAUUUUGGUUCUGAAGUUCAACCGAUACUUGGUUAUGUUUCUCUCCUUGCACUGUGUCCAUGAAUCACCAUCAUUAUGGACACAUAUUUUCUGCGUGUGAUCAUGGCACAGUCCUCAAUCAUACAACCCAGUAUGCCUCAAUACUUUUGACUUUUAAAAAAAAAAUCUUGCUGACUUGCUGGCAGACGUCUCAUAAUGUGAAGUUUCUGUACUUCUGCAAUAGUCAUUUACAUUGGUGUAUGAUCAGAGGAAAAAAACGACACAACUUUUUAGCACAGUGUUAUUUUUAUUAUGGUCAUUUCUUGGAGGAAAUAAGCAUUUGUAAAUGUAGAACCUUUAAUUUUUGUUUUAUUGUUAUUUAAGUAACACUGAUCUAGGCAGAUGCAUCCCGUAGAUUCCCCAACAGUCAACCAAAUAGAUAACUUGAACAUGUUUUAUUCUUUACAGCUGUUAUUUAUAGAUCUGGAUUUUGUAUAUAUCAGAAAGAAAUGGCAAUGCUUUAUUUGUGUUUGCACCAAGAAUGAUACAUAUUUUAUGUUAAAACUGUAUUUUUGCUGGAUUUCAUAUAAAGAUUUUGAAUUUU